AUCUAGGCGUUGCUGCUGUUUCACUCCCCCUUGAGCAGUAAGGACUAGUUUGCGAGAGAUCACAGGCAGAGAGAUGAGCGAGGCACAGGGAUGAGACAUUGGCCGCUGUUUGAUUUCAUGCUAUUUUUUUUGAUAAUAGGACGCGAUUGGAUGCCACGAUACUAGAGAAUGUGCUGGCGAGGCCAGCUCAACCGCCCGUGUUCUAAAAUGGAUUUGAAAUUGCGGUAGGUUUCCCUGUUCAUUGUGCGGUCCGCGGCCGUAGAUAACGAUGCGUGAAGCACUGCUGGCCAAGUCCAGUAUUGAUUCGAUUGAAAAGCAUGAUGUUUUCUUGUUCUUGCUCGAAAUGGAAUUACUGUCGUUUUCUCUGUUGUUUGGAUUGUUCAUGAUAAGAACACUAAUCGAUGACACAAGGGCACCUAGACCACCAUAUUGCCAGGAUAAUUGAUGAUUCCUCCCAAUGAAAACAAGGUGUCGGUCUGCAAAACCAUGGGGGACAAGGAUAACAAUCUCAAAACGGCUAAAUUGUGGAGAGAUGCUGCUCUCCGCUCUAGGAAGCUGCGAAGCAACCAGCGACAGCUCACCCUCUGCUCCCAAAACAGGGAGAAGAUCAUUCUACCUGAAAAUAUAAGCGAUAUAGAGGUACUCAAUCUGGGCAAUAACUCGCUGCACGAGCUACCAGAAGGAUUGGGGGCAACCCUCACAAACCUGCGUAGCCUUGUCCUCCGCAGGAACAAAUUUGUCACAGUUCCUUUUGUGGUGUUUGAACUGGGUCCUCUUGUGGAACUGGACAUGAGCCACAACUGCUUGGGCCACUUCUCUGAGGACAUAGGCCUGCUGAAGGGGCUGAAAAAGCUCUGCAUCAGUCACAACAACAUCCAGUACCUGCCAUCACAGAUUGGGGCACUGCAUUGUUUAGAGGAGCUGGACAUAAGCUUCAAUGACAUAUGUGAUUUCCCCAGGUCCUUCUCACAGCUCAAGAGGCUCCGUUCUCUGGAUGCUGAUCACAACAAGCUGAACCAGUUUCCCCCAGAGAUUCUUGCCCUCAGUGACAUGGAGGAGCUCGACUGCUCUGGGAAUACGUUUGCGUGUCUACCAGAGGACAUCACUAAGCUGCAGUCCAUCAAGAACCUGUGGCUCAGCAGCAUUCACAUCUCCACGUUACCAGAUACGUUCUGUCACCUGCACAACCUAGAGAGCCUGAUGCUGGACAGUAACAACCUCACAGCUCUGCCUCAUUCCUUUGGCAACCUGCAGAGACUUAAAAUGGUCAAUCUAUCGUCUAAUGAGCUUGAGGAGUUUCCUCAGGUUAUCCUAAACAUCACAGGACUAGAAGAGCUUUACCUGAGUAGAAAUAAACUGUCUUUUGUUCCAGAGGAGAUAGGCCAGCUGCGUAGGCUGGCAAACCUCUGGUUAGACAAUAAUAACAUUACUUAUCUGCCCGACUCCAUUGUGGAGCUAAAUAGAUUGGAGGAGCUUGUUUUACAGGGUAACCAAAUAGCCAUACUUCCAGAUAACUUUGGAAAACUUUCCAAUGUAAACAUUUGGAAAGUGAAGGAUAACCCCCUCAUCCAGCCUCCCUAUGAGGUCUGUAUGAAGGGGAUCCCCUACAUCGGUGCUUAUCAAAAGGAACUCGCACAUUCCCAGCUGGCUGUGAAGCCCAGGUUAAAACUGGUCCUGAUGGGAAUGAAAAACGCUGGGAAAACACAGCUCAGGCAGAGUGUUGUGAGUGAGCAGCAGGAUGCCAACUCUGCUCGGGGAAACAAAGGGGUUGAUGUGACUAACUGGGUAGCGGACGCCGAUCGCAGUCUUACAUUUUUAGUGUAUGACCUGUCAGGGAAGCCAAACUAUGACCUCAUCAAACCUUUUUUUCUCUCACCUGGUGCUCUGUACAUCCUCGUUGUGAAUCUGAAAACAUACUCACCCAAGAACUUUUACCCCCACGUGGGCUACUUCCUCCAUCUCCUCAAUGCCAAAGUGCCCCACGCUGUGGUCUGCAUGGUGGGCACGCACAGAGACCUGUGUGGAGACAUGGAGGUGGAGGGGAAGAACCUUGAUAUCCACAGACAGAUUUCCCUGCAGGAGAAGUGGGACACCCAUUGCCUGCGGAGCCUUGCCCACCAGGUGGACCAGGCCCUGGAGCAGGGCUACAACGUCCGCACCUCCAGCCCUCACAUCCUCUUCUACGGCGUCACAGACAAGAACCUGAGACGGAAGAAAGCCCAGCUGCAGUACAUGCUGAACCACAGGCUACAGAUCCUGUCCCCUGUCCUGUGUGUCAGCUGCACAGAGAGCCAGAUAAAUAUCCAGAGGCUGAGGGAGAAGCUCAUGUCAGUGGCUGACCAUCGCGACAUCUUCCCCAACCUCCACCGCGUGCUGCCCAAGUCCUGGCAGAUGCUGGAGGAGCUGCACUUUAAGCCCCAGGACCUGUGGCUCUCGUGGUGGGACUCGGCCCGUUUGGGCCUCCAGGCUGGGCUCACGGAGGACCGCCUGCAGAGUGCCCUGUCCUACCUACACGAGAGUGGGAAGCUACUCUACUUCGAGGACAGCCGGACACUAAAGGAGUAUGUCUUUCACAACCUGCCACGCUUCAUUGCCAUCCUCAAUGUCUUCUUCCAGAGGGAUGAGUCCACACUGCUGGAGAGACUACUGUCGGACAGUGAGAAGGGGGACAAGAGGAGGACCAGUGUAGUUAUAGAUGGGGAGAAGGGAGAGAACCUUAGGGCUACCCAUCUACAGCACCAAGUGGAGGGCUUCCUCAGCCACGGCCUCCUGCCUUCUAACAUCAUCCGGCUGCUCCUGAGACCUCUCAUCCAAACCCAGCAGGACCUCCACCUCAUCAUGGAGCUGCUAGAGAAGAUGGGGGUCUGCUACUGCAUUAACAAGCCCCGCAGCAAGCCUCUGAACGGGGCCACCGUCUGGUACAAGUUCCCCAGCUAUGUCAGCAAUGAGGAGCCCCAUGCCGAGGCCUGGGUGAACGGCAGCUCAGUGGCUGCUAGUCAGUUCUUCUCUGUGGAGCAGCUGCAGAUUGAAUACAGCUUCCCCUUUCUCUUCCCUCCUGGACUGUUUGCACGCUACAGUGUGCAGAUCAACAGCCAUGUGGUUCAGCGGUCAGACGGGAGGCACCAGAUCUUUGCCUAUCGCGGUAAAGUGCCUGUGGUGGUCAGUUACCAGCCGGCUCGGGGCAGGCUGCAGGCCGAGUCACUGUCCAUAGCCAGCCAUGCCUCCCUGCCAAAUAUCUGGACUGCUUGGCAAGCGAUAAUCCCACUGGUUGAGGAGCUGAAUGUCCUUCUGCAGGAGUGGCCCGGGCUCUACUACACUGUUCAUGUACUGUGUUCCAAGUGCCUCAAGAGAGGGUCACCCAACCCACACACCUUUCCGGGUGAGCUGCUAAGCCAGCCGCGCCCCGAGGGGCUGACUGAGAUCAUCUGCCCAAAGAAUGGUUCGGAGCGGGUCAACGUGGCACUGGUUUACCCCCCUACGCCCACCGUGGUCAGCCCCUGUCUCAAAUGAGCCCUUCUGCCUAGCCUCUACUGUCCUGUCCUGUCUGACUGUACCCUCACGCUGCCUGCCUCUCUAGCCAACUCCUAAGUCUAAACACCACAACCCAGAUCUCCCUCUGAAUCUCCUCAACCUACCCAGGCAGCAGCCUGUCUGGACACAUAGCCAUGCAAGGUCACAGAGAUAUGCACUGUCAGCUGCAUGGAGCAGAGCAGAUAACUGUUGUCCAGCUGUUACUACAUGCCUCACCAUGGUGACAAAGACGGUAUUAAAGGACUUUGGCUGAAAGCAAACCUGGGUUGUUUUUAAGACCCAUACAAGCCAUCAACAAGCACUGUCUUUUCCAACUGUCCUACUCUCUACUGCCCUCCAAAACUCUACCAAACCUCUGCCUACAACCUACUCAAGACGAAACACAGGAAAUCAACCUAUCCAUGCUAUCAAUUCAACAACAAGAGAGAUGAGUGGGCAAAGACUUGGACUGGUUUCUCUCUUUACUACUUAGUGGUGUCAUGAAAUGUUGGAAACCUCUUGGCUGGACUGCAACCCAUUCUAACUUCCAGUAAUGCUGCUUAUCCUGUCCACAUGUCAAGGUUGUGAUUGAUGAACGUAGGAAAGAGAACUGACUGAACCUCCUACGCUAUCAUGCUGUUUGCAAACCAAAUACUGUCUUGUAUAGCCAAAUACAUGAACCACAUACUCCUGAACACACAUUACCCAUGUACAGACCUUAUUCUUUGCUUUAGCCUUUGCGAAUGGACAGCUGUAUCAUAUGAAGUAAAUGCUGGGUCUUACAUAUUAUGACAGACAUACUGAACAAAAAUAUAAAUGCAACAUGCACCAAUUUCAAAUAUUUUACUUAGUUACAGUUCAUAUAAGGAAAUCAGUCAAUUGAAAUAAAUGAAUUGGGCUCUAAUCUAUGGAUUUCAAAUGACUGGGAAU